AUGGGCGAUAUGAAAACCAUCAUAGCCGCUGAUCUACGAUUAAUGACCAAAGCCUCAGCAACCGCCAUCUUUCCAUUUCUGAACUCCGGAAAUCCCGCUUCUUCAUCCCUCCCAGGUCUGAUUUAGGCACAUACAACUUUUUAAUUUGCUCUCCUUGUCAUCAGCGCCUAUAUGGACCGCGUGCAAGAAUGUUGGAUCCGGCAAGUUCCUCGCCUGUUCAACAGUGUGGCCAGACCACUUAAUAAAGUGUCUUCGUGCGUCGGAACCAGGAAGCGCCCGGUCCGCGACAAUGGCUCACGUUUGAGAAGCGGAUGAGCGGUCAAAUGUGGAGUGUUUUCAAAUUACCCACGCGCCAGACACCUUGAUCUUUCAUAUCCUGACAGAAAUCAGAGAUCCUAACCGAUAACCGAACAUCAAAAUAAUUUGUUAUUUCCUCCGCUAGACCUCGCCACGGAAAUACAAACCCAUCCAGAUAUAGCAGAACGUAUUCCAAUCAAGUUAUGUGUAGCGAAUUCUGUUUUGAUGACGCUUAACCGUCUACACGAAAGAGAAAAUAGAGGUAAAUAAAAAGGUGGCUUCUGGGCUGUCCUGCCAUAGGAGACAAGCCGCCGAGCAGUCCUAUAGAAUUUGAUGUAAUGCCGUCGAGUAAUACUGUGGGAUUUACUGCGCUCCGCACCAAGACCAUUUGUUAAAGGUGAAGACUAAGUGGUCAACAAUCAAUAGAUUUUCUUUGCGGGUAGACUCACACCGGAUGAUGUCAUUUUCAUUGCUAAGAGGUUAAACAAGGUAGCGUUGUUCCACCUGGACGUUCUCGUGGUCGUCGAGUGAUAGAACCUGAAGAGCAGCCAUCACAUAAUUAGAGGCGACUGUUAGGAAACGCAGUUGUUCUAGAAACCACCGUAGACUAUUAUCAAUUCCUUGUCCUAAUAGAACCUUCGCGGGAGUUACUAACAAGUCUUAGUGAAGUUGAGGCGUUCGAACGACAUGGCACCAACCUCUGGGGUCUUCUAUAGAACCCCCAUGUCAUACACUACAUAAGAAGCAACGAAAAACACGAUUGACUUCCUUUGGUAAAGCCUCGGUGUUCCGAAACCCAUCUUCUGGUGAAUCUCCACAUUUUUGCAUUCGUAUAAUUUCCGAUGUGAUGAUAAUCAUCCAGGGCUUGUUCCUUUAGUUUCGAGCGCAGCCUAUCUCAAAUCAGGUUUCGAGACUAGUGGAUUCUUGAGAAGCUUUCUUUCUGUCGUCACCAUUCUCGAGGUCUUCAUUUAUUAUAAAUCUGUGUAUACUCCACUGUGAGAUGUUGCUUAAACACAUCAGCAUGUUUUAAAUUAUUUCAAAGUAAGUCAGAGAAGCCGAAAUCUUGGCUAAUGCGGGCGACUGCUAUUUGCCUUCCGGAUAAACUUACAUUUCUAAAAACUAUCCCGACCGUAUCGAGAUGAAGAGAAAUAAGUCGGUUUGUUGUGACCUUGCCAUUAUCUGCUGAAAGUUCAAAAGAGGAUCCGUCAGGUUGUGUUCAGAGAAACGCUAAAGUAUGUCUUGAUAGUGUGUGGGUUUCAGUUUAUGGAGAAUUACUAUGUCCUUGGAGUGGAAAUAAUGCUGUUCGGUUAGUCAACAAACUUUUUGGAAGGCAAGACAGACGGUUAUUGUAUCUUCAUAGCUGCAGACAAAUGGGUAAAAUCUGUCACUUAAUUCCAUUUUAACAGUUUUUCUUGAAAUUGUCGGCGUGAAAAUACCUCGCGCACACAACUGUCUCGGAUUCAACAGCUUGCAAACCGGCGUGCACUAAAAUCAAAUGUCAACCACUCUGCAGGUACAACUACCAAGGUUACAAUCGGACAGAACAACAAUUUUUAGUUUAUUUGUCGUCAUCAUCUAACCGCAGCCCGCCCCCAGACAAAGAAAGACGAAGUUUUGGACCAGGUCUAGAGCUCAGUUGUUUUCGCACUAUGCUAGUUCAUCCACGGGCUGUUUACUGUUGUCGAAAAUAUUUAAGGCCACAUUGGGGUGGAGUUCGUCCCUAUGACCUAGAAUAGGGCACAUAGGUGCUUUCCAUGUUGCUAUAGCUCCCCGGUCUGCGGUCCUCGCAUGUGGUCGCACAACAUCAAGAAGAAUUAUUUACAAACAUAAUUAAGACUGGAGUGGACAUUUAUGAGCCUUGUUUCCGGCUAAGUGAUGUCUCCAGUGUGCCCUAAUGACCGACUGAAGUAAAAAGCAAGUAUUUGGCUUGCGACAUCGCCUUCAGAAUUACCAGUAAGCAUUUACUGUCCAUAAAACGUCAUUUAAAAGCUGACUGUUUUUACGAAGUAGGAUAUGCCAGCAUAAAAACGGACCGCAUAUACUGCAGAACUAAGCACUUAUUUUCAGAAAAGAAAUCAGACACCCCACGAUGCCUGGAAUUUAAAUCCACGCACAAUACCAGUUUAAUUGUUGCUCGACCAUAAACCGUGGUGUUCAUAUCAAUUUGCUAAAGAAACUAAUAUCGUCUUUCUUGAUUUACGUUGCAUCCAGUUAAACGAGGAAUUUCGUAAGGUCUUCAUUGACUUGGUAGCCUAAUCAGAAACCCAGUGUAGUAUGCCAUCUUUUAUCAUAAGAACAGUUACUUGUGUGUUUUGUAAUUCCACCUCGGCGGAAACCGUCCAGGCUUUUAAAUAGUAACGCUGGUCAGAAUAUGGUACAGCAACUUUACACGUAAAAGGCGGAUAAAAUGAUGCGAUUUUCCACGGAAAUUGAUUGCAGUCAGAUCCGGCUUCGAACUGAAGGGUCUGAGUUAAACAUGGAAAACCCAUUUCGGAGGCUGCAAUCAAAGCUCGAAAAAACUUCUGAAAACAUCAAGAUUUUUAUACGUGCAUAUUCUAGAAAAUUGACUAUAAUUUUGGGAUGUUUUUGACCGGCUUUGUUACUAAUCGAGACUGGUAGAAAGCGGGAUGUCUCAACUGCACACAUUUAAAAUAAUGUAAGUUACCUUAUGUUAGAAAUACUUUUUAUAGAAGAGCUAACAGAAAUGAAUUUCCGACUCUGAAAUCUCACGGCGCCGCCAAUCUCAGUCUCGAUAGGGACUGUAUUACUUGCUGUGCUUUCUAGAACGAUAGUAAAUUUCAUACACUAUUUUUAGACUCCGGAACCCUUAGGCACACACAAAAUACAACCAUAGUUCACGCAAUAGAUAAAGGUAAAUACUUGAUGUUGACUACAUUUCGAUUAUUCUAACUGCAUGUUAAUGAUUUCCACAGAUAAUUUAUUGACCGACAGUUUAAGAAUAGACCCAAAUGCAUGAAAUCUAUAAAGGCUGGAAGAAUGAUUUUUACCGCCAAUUACAGGUACGAUACACAACAUAGGAGCCCCCCUAGCAGAUUGA